AUGACAUCGAUCCCUCAGACAUCAGUCCUCCAAUCAAAAUCCAACACAGCCGGAUCGCAAGGACAGACCCCGAGUGGAAAGUCUUCCCCAUUGGCAUCUGUGCCUGCACCUACCGCCCCUCGCUCGUACGCUAGCGCAACGAAGAAAUCGUUUUCGCAAGCCGCUGCUACGGGCGAUUCAGCGAAUACUCCGUUGUCCACCACAAGUCAAGGAGCUCAGCAUGGCAAGUCGCCUUCAAUUUCUCAAGUGAAUGGUAAAUCGAACAUGCAGAACCCUCCUGCCCCCGGUGCCGGUGGCCCAACCAUCGUCAACGGCAAUACCGCGGCCAAUGAUCAUUCCAGAAAGCCCUCGGUAACCAUCAGCGCUGCUGGCGCGAGUGGCUUUAUAUCGAAUGGUGGCCCCGUUUCGGGACGCCCAAGCAACAUCCGCUUCGGCUUUGGCGUCGAUUCACAAAGCUCUCCGUCGAUGGGAGCUGCAGUUUUAGCAAAUCAGCAGCAGUCCUCUCUUGGGGUUUCUCCCGUCAAUAACCGCAUCACAUCCCCAGACUCCUCUCCUUCUCCCAUUCCUCAAACCCUCAGCGGUGGCCGUCAACCACCCUCUCAUAUUCAAGGACCUGGAUCGAUGCAUUUUGGAAAUUUCCCCGGGGAACCCAACGAUAUGAACAGAAAUAUACGACCAGGUUCGCAAGGUCCACCCAAUAAUCCUGCAUCAGCGCACGCCCGACGAGAGUCUGCGCAAUCUACACACGGAGAUAUGGGCCAUGGCACGCCGAGCGGCCCAACUCGCGGAGGAUACCAUGGACAAGGUGGGAGAGGGAGAAGCUAUAACCCUUCGCAGGUACCCUAUAACUCCCCAGGCCCAACUUACAGGUCGAACCACAACCAGCGAGGUGGCCCCGGCAUGAACCACUUUCACUCCCAGAGACAGCCCUUGGGCUCUUUCCCCGCCUCCCCCCACCAGACUGCGCGCAGUCCUGCUUUGUCAAAUGCAAAUCCCGCAACGCCGCCAAUGGCGCAUGUUUCAAUGGCGAAUUCACAGAUGCAAGGACAACAUUAUGGAUAUCCGCAACAUAUGGGCCCUCAACAAGUAAAGCAACACUUCCCUUUCCAGUUUUCAAACCGUCGUAAUUCAUUAUCUAAAAAUAAAAUUGGCACCCGCCCCAAUGCUUCAGCGCCUCGACAGCGUUCAGCUAAAUUUCAGAUCCCACCGCUUCCUCUUACAUUGUCUCCUGAAAGUGGAAAUUUUGAACAGUUUCUAACAAUGAUUAAAUCUCAGGGCUAUAUUCCACCCGGAAACUACGAUGCGAGCGGUUAUUACUACCCAGCCCAGUACCAAUAUCCAAUACACAUGCAGCAUAUGGGCCCUCCCCCCAACCGACCACCUUACAUGGCUACUCAACCUCCUUUCAUCCCGGGUCAAUACGGAAAUCAAGGCACCCCCCCGGCUCAGGGAGCACCCCUCCAGAGAUCAACUUCGCAGGUCUCGGCCAGCGAACGUCCAGGGUCCAGCCUCGGCCAUGGCCAGCAGCCUACGGUUCCUUUGACCCAAGCUCCAAGCCAUACGCCGAAUAGAUCCACCAGCAGCCCGGCACCGAAUCCUCAAUUCGUCCUUCCGACUAAACGAACGUCUGCUCUUGUUAUCAAAAACCCUGAUAGUGGUAAUGUUGUAGCAUUUGAUAAACAGUCUAUUUCCCCUGCCCGUGCGACUCCCUCACCUGCCAAAUUAGGUGCAGGUACGACUCCCUCAGCGACUCCUCCUCCACGCACAGCCAGCCGAGGCGAACCCGAUCAAGCAGAACCUAAAGUUCAGACACAAGAGCAGAAGAUACAAUCCUUCCAUGAGAAGGUUCGUCUGGCCGCAGAGCAAGCAGCGGAGGAACAGAAGGCUUUAGAACUCAAGAAGACGACGAAAGAUAAAGAUGAUUCUGAACCUUUGAAGGCCGCUCCUGAAAUUUCGGAAACACCUGCUGCACAGCCGGAAGAAGCAGAGAAACCCGCACCGGAACCUCAAGAGAAGGAAGAACCUAAGCCAGCGGAACCCGAAGAGGAAGAGAUUGAUUUCGACGCUAUAGAACGGGAGUUGGCCGCCAAAGAAGCGGAAGAACUUGCUAGAGAGAAAGCCUACCAAGAGAAGAAACAGCGAGAAAAAGAGGAGGCGGCAAGAAAAGCCAAGCAAGAAGCCGAAGAAUAUGAUGUUAAGAUGAAGCAGGCUGAGCGAGAGGCGGAAGCUGCUGAAGAGGAACGGCUAAAGAAACUUGCCGCCAGUGAAAGCGAUGCCAUCAAGAAAGAGAAAGCGGACGCCUUUGCGGCGCUCAGAAAUAAGGGAGCGACGCCUUUAGGGUCCCCAGCAGUUCAAACUCCUGCCGAAAGUGGUGCCGCCACACCAAUGUCUGACACUUCCAUGGGUCCACCAAAGUCACUCCCUAGCGGUAAACGUGAGAAACCUGCAGCCCUGAAGCUUGAGACUAACAAGACAGUGGAGCCGCCGCAGCCAAGCGCUGCUAUGAAGUCUUUGCAGACUGCUCGCUUUUUGGAAGACCCUAGCAAAAUCGCGUACCCGCAAUCUAUUGUUUCUCCAAACCCGGCCCUUAACGUCAACGCACCUUCUGAUCGCAAAUUCAAAUAUAACAAAGAAUUUUUGCUUCAAUUUCAGAAUGUAUUCAAGGAGAAGCCCUCUUUGGACUGGGAUACAAAAGUUCGCGAAACAGUGGGAGACGGUUCCGAGUCUCGCUCCAAUACGCGGACACCUAAUCCUAAAAAUCCAUCUCGGCAGGGUACCUCUGGAGGCUUCGACGCGAUGGGCAAUUUCCGAGGAACCGGCCGAACCCAGACUAUGCCAUCCGGAGGUCAAGAUCGAUUCCCCAUUCCUGGUAUGCGUGGACCAGCUUUGGGUGGUAGCUUUGGCCAGUUUGGUCGUGGUCCAGGCGGUUUGUCCAUGGGCGCGUCAAUCAGCAGAACAAAUUCAUCAUCUGCUCAACAGCUUCCCGGUUCUCCUCGCUCUGGGAGUCACCGUGGUGGACGUUCUGCCAGCAAGGCGCAUAAAUCCGGUAAAAAGGAAGAAGAGACAAACAAAUCAAUGCCUCUUACCGCUGGGCUCAAAAUCGAGCCGCUUGCUCCCUCAAAUAGUGGAUGGAAACCAAGAAGUAUUGGCAGAGCCCAAAAUCUCGUUGGCCCUGACGGCCAUCUCCCGCCUGAUGUUGUUCAAGGAAAGGUUAAGGCCAAUCUCAACAAAAUGACACCCGAGAAGUUCGAUAAGAUUUCGGACCAGAUUCUUGCUAUUGUCGCUCAAUCGAAAGAUGAAUCUGAUGGCCGUACACUCAGACAGGUGAUUCAGCUUACAUUCGAAAAGGCAACCGACGAAGCUCACUGGGCCCCGCUCUACGCCAAAUUCUGUAUGCGGAUGCUUGAGAGUAUGAGCCCGGAGAUCAAGGAUGAGAAUAUCAGAGACAAACACGAUAAUGUUGUUUGUGGAGGUAGUCUUUUCAGAAAAUAUCUAUUGAACCGUUGCCAGGAAGAAUUCGAACGGGGGUGGAAGAUCAAUCUGCCCCCAAAACCCGAGGGCGUUACCGACGAAGCCGCUAUGUUGUCUGACGAGUACUACAUCGCGGCGGCUGCCAAACGACGAGGCCUUGGUCUCGUUAAAUUUAUUGGUGAAUUAUUCAAGCUUAGCAUGCUUUCGGACAGAAUCAUGCACGAAUGCGUGAAGAAAUUAGUCGACUAUGAAGGUGUUCCUGAAGAAGCUGAAAUUGAAAGCUUGACGGGUCUAUUGCGUACUAUCGGUGCUACCUUAGAUCAGGGCACUGAUAAGGGCCACAUGAUGAUGAACGCCUACUUUGAACGUAUCGCUAAGAUGGUCCAAACCCCUGGACUUCCGAGUCGAUUAAGAUUUAUGCUUCUGGAUAUCAUCGACCUUCGAAAGGCCAACUGGGUUUCGAAGGACGCUGACAAAGGCCCAAAGACUAUCCAAGAAAUUAGAGAAGCAGCUGCGCGUGCCCAGCAAGAACAAGAAAUGGAACGUAAACGCCAGCAAGCAAGUAGGGGUAGUGGUGGUAUAGGACUUGGCCGUGGAGAUGCUCGAAACUUCUCCGGAGGCUACGGCGGCCAACCUCCUCUGGACUAUGCGUCAAGCAAGGUUGGCAGCGAUGAUCUUCGUCGGUUGAAGACUUCAAGGACUACCAACCAGCCUAUGUCUUUUGGUCCUUCAAGUUUACUAGGCUCCCGGAGCAAUAGCGGCCGUCGAACGAUUGGUCCAGGUGGUAACCUUGUUCGCGGUGGAGAGGACAGCACAGCAAGCAGUCGAACUGGAACUCCCCCAGGUCGGAAGAAGGACGACAAGGAGUCUGCAUCCUCUACAAAUGUAUUCAGGUGA